CCUCAGUUCUUGGUUUGGUUGCACGAGAAGACAGCCUAGAACAGCGGGUCAUGUUACCAACGGUUUGGGUUAAAACCAAUCUGCAACAGCGGGAACUCGAAUAAUUGCCAGAAACCUGCGGUGACAGCUUUGUUUCAGGUCCCUACUUCCAGUGAAAUCAGCCCCCCAUUUUCCAGUCAUGCGGAAUUGGAUGUUCGUUUCUCUCCUGAUAUUGGCAGAAGGUAUUUCUGGUGGUCAGUGUUCUGUGAUACUGCCAAAACAUGUGUUGACAGUAGUUGGUGGAUGUGCAGAAAUCCAGUGUACCUUUGAUAAUGCGAUAAAUUACACCUACCUAAUAGCGAUUUGGAUAAAGAAGGCUGUUAAUGCUGUGAACCCCAGUGCCUUGGUGCUUUAUGAUUCAGCACAUCCAAGCAGAGAACAUAUUAACUAUACUGGGAGAGUUGUGUUUGUUGGCGACUUUGAAAAAAGACAGUGCUCUCUUCUCAUAAAUGAUACCAGGAGAAGUGAUCAAGGAACAUAUCAAGUCAUUUUGGUAUUCGUUUCAGAAGUCAAUGUCACUGAACAUUCUGAGAUCGAUAUCUCUGUUUUAGAAAAGCCAACAAUUUCACAUGUUGGAGAAAUUAUUGCAGGGCAAAUUUUACAAUUGAACUGUUCAAUAACUCAGAGCUGCCCCGAUGACUGUCUACAAUUGAAAUGGACUUAUCACAACCUGUCAAUUCCUCUUCAAUUGGACGUCGAAGAAGGAGGUGUAAUAAUUGAUGAAAGUUCAGGGUCUCGGACAAUUUCAUCCAUGCUAACAUUAAUUCCAUCAGCUGUCAAUCAUGACACAAUUUUCAAGUGUACCAUUACAAGGAACAGCCUCCAAACCUCCUCUUCUGAAACUCUCAUCUUGCAGGUUAAGUGUGAGUGUCUGGUCUAA